GCGCUCUCGCUCGCUCCGCUCCACCUGACCUGAGCACGGGCAAGAUGGCAGCUUCAUUGGAAGACGAAUUUGAAGAUGCGCCUGAUGUUGAGCCAUUAGAACCCACGUUGAAGAACAUUAUCGAGCAGAAAUCUCUGAAGUGGAUAUUUGUGGGUGGAAAGGGUGGUGUUGGUAAAACGACAUGCAGCUGUAGUCUGGCUGUCCAGCUGGCUGCUGUCAGGGAGAGUGUCCUCAUCAUCUCCACCGAUCCAGCCCAUAACAUCUCUGAUGCUUUUGACCAGAAGUUCUCAAAGGUGCCUACUAAGGUCAAGGGCUACGACAACCUGUUUGCCAUGGAGAUUGACCCCAGCCUGGGUGUGGCAGAGCUGCCAGAUGAGUUCUUCGAGGAGGACAACAUGCUGAGCAUGGGCAAAAAGAUGAUGCAGGAGGCCAUGAGCGCCUUCCCUGGCAUCGACGAAGCCAUGAGCUACGCCGAGGUCAUGAGGUUAGUGAAAGGAAUGAACUUCUCAGUGGUCGUGUUUGACACUGCCCCUACUGGUCACACACUACGGCUGCUCAACUUUCCCACCAUUGUGGAGCGAGGACUGGGCCGCCUCAUGCAGAUCAAGAACCAGAUUAGUCCUUUCAUCUCCCAGAUGUGUAACAUGCUCGGUCUGGGCGACAUGAAUGCAGACCAGCUGGCCUCCAAACUAGAAGAGACUCUGCCAGUCAUCCGCUCAGUUAGUGAGCAGUUCAAAGACCCUGAGCAGACCACCUUCAUCUGUGUGUGUAUCGCUGAAUUCCUGUCUCUGUACGAGACGGAGCGGCUGAUUCAGGAGCUGGCCAAGUGCCGCAUCGACACUCACAAUAUUAUCGUCAACCAACUCGUUUUCCCCGAUGCCGAGAGGCCGUGUAAGAUGUGCGAAGCCCGCCAUAAAAUUCAGUCCAAGUAUUUAGACCAGAUGGAGGACCUUUAUGAAGAUUUCCACAUAGUCAAGUUACCGCUGUUGCCCCAUGAAGUACGAGGUGCCGACAAGGUCAACACCUUCUCUCAACAACUUCUGGAACCGUACAAACCCCCAAACAAGUGAUCUGUCCCUUCCCUGCAGGACCCCCUCCCUCCCCAAACCCUCCUCUCUCUACAGACCACAGUACUACAGUCUCCGCUCACCUCCUCUGAGCCCCUCAAGCAGCCUCACCCUCUGCAGUAACAGCCUCAAGGUCAUCCUCUUAGUCCUCAACACCAAAACUCAAAGCAGAACGUACUCAAUACCACAGCAAGACACUAACACACACACACACACACACACACACACUGCUACAGUUCGAGAGACAUGACAGUGCAGCACUGUGCUGUCGAUCUUCUGCCGUGUUUCUCUCACUCGUCUUUCUCUUACCGUUUUUCUCCAUAUCCACCUUGGCAGUUGUACUAUUUAAGCAUUUAAGAAUCGUUCCUCCCCAAGAAACUCUCCAUAUCUUCCCUUCCUCCCUCCUAUGCAGUGUCUAAGCCGCUCAUGUGCAAAAGUGAUGGCAAAAGUGUUUCCGGUGGUGGUGCUGUGCAUUCCAGGAUAUAAUGGCUUUCUGACAGUUGAUGCUUAUCUCUUGUUAAUGUUGUGGUUUUAUUUUUGCUGGCUCCGUCUGAUCUCUGAUUUGACCUUUACUAUACUAUUUCUCAGUAAAGGCAAACGUGAACAGAUGCGGGCAGUUAUUAAAGGGUUGCAGUUGUUGUUUCUGCCUGUUUCGACUACAGAGGGGAAGGCAUCAUUAUCAUAAAAUUCAUCUCCUAGAUCCACUGGAUAUUUACAUUUAAAAUUCUACAGAAUCAGGGUAUGACAGCAGGGCAAUGAAAAGAGCCAGUUACCUUUUUAAAACUGAACAUGGCCCGUGGUGUUUCAUACAUUUUCCCCCUUGAAAAAGACCCAUCCACAUUGCAAUAAAGACAACCGGAGCAAUUUGAAGUUUCUCUUCUAUGGAUGUCUACCAGUUGUGACACCAUCAGACCUCUUGGUAGUCCUCUCAUCAUGUGAUCAUGGUGUAAAUACAAUUGCCCGAAUGCAGCAAUGUCAUUGAGAAUUAGAGUCAAAGCAGCUGGGAGUGUCUUGGUAAUAGAUAUAACAUUGUUGACACCCACAUGGCCACUUAUAAUUAUUUUAUGCCCUUACAGGUGAUGUUGGAUGGUGUUUUUUUUCUUUUCCUUUCUUUCUUUCUUUUUUUUUGGGUUUGAGAUUCAGCGUUUGUUCAAUAAGAUGAAAUGGUUACCUUUAUGCAGUCCAUUAACACUAAGCCUCUGUGCUCUUUAAUGUCAGCCUCCGAUAUACAGAGCUGGUAAAACCGUUGAUCAUUUUGUGCCCAUCCUGUGUUUUGCCGAGGACUAUAUAGGAACACUAUAGAAAGACAUUAGCCUUAUUUAAUGCAUUGUGAUCAAUUAAGGAAAAAUGAACUGAAUGUCACUUGAUCUAAUGAACAAAAUGCUCAAAAUGCCGAAAGGGGUUUUGUGAGUUGUUAGAGCAAAUGUUAUGGCACCCUUGCCCCUCUCAUUCAGUAUUGAUCUCCGAUUAGCUCGCCUGAUGCUUUUGUGCACAAACAUUUCCGAAGCACAACAUUUAUUUCCUGUUCCCCAAUCAAAAUGGCUUAGGAAAAGCUAAUGCAAGCCCUUAUGUUAGUGGAAAAGGCCUAAUCUUCCCUUUUGUUAUCGAAUGCUUUUGAAUUACGAUGAGUCUGUUUUCUAGAGAUUUUCUUUAAAUUAUGUUGUGAGUGUUACAAAUUAAAACACAAACAUGCCUCA